GCUCGCGACCGCACGUUCGCUUAGGGGGACGCCCCACCGAGCGGAGGACGGGUCUGUUACAGAGACCCGGGACCCAGAACACCUGCCCUUGCCAAGUGCCCCGCUGUCCCCGGGGUGGACGGGACGCCCCUCUGUGGAAGAAGUCCGGUUGCGGUGGACCCUAGUGCAUCUCCUGAGAAAUCGUCGCGCGGGUCCGCGCUUCCUUGUCAGAAAUGUUUUUUCGGGGUCAAAGUCUGGGUAUAUAUGAAUGCAAAUCCUCACUCGUUUGCAAAUAAGCCCAGCAAUCCGGACUGAGAGGAUCACUUCUCUGCAGGCCAUUUGCCCAGGUACAGAAUGAGCACGUGCUGUUGGUGUACACCGGGUGGUACCUCCACCGUUGACUUCCUAAAACGCUAUGCAUCCAAGACCCUACCUAGCGAAUUUCAGACAGCGGAUGAAGACCUGUGCUACUGUUUAGAGUGUGUGGCUGAGUACCACAAAGCAAGAGAUGAAUUGCCAUGUUUGCAUGAGGUUUUAUGGGAAUUAGAAACCUCACGUCUCAUAAAUUACUUUGAAAAGUCCAUGAAGGCAGAAAUUGGAGAUGACGAUGACUUAUAUAUAGUAGACAACAAAGGAGAGACCCAUCUGUUUGAUUUUACUGGCCAAGAUUUUGAAAAUAAACUGCGAGUUCCUCUUCUUGAAAUACUGAAAUAUCCUUACCUGCUUCUGCAUGAGCGUGUCAAUGAAUUAUGUGUUGAAGCAAUUUGUCAGAUGGAACAAGCCAAUUGCUCCUUUCAGGUUUUUGACAAACAUCCAGGGAUCUAUUUGUUUUUGGUCCAUCCCAAUGAAAUGGUUCGGCGUUGGGCUAUCCUGACUGCCAGGAAUCUGGGGAAAGUCGACAGAGAUGAUUAUUACGAUUUACAGGAAGUUUUAACUUGCCUUUUUAAAGUCAUCGAGUUGGGGCUUCUAGAAAGUCCCGACAUUUAUACUUCUUCUGUCCUCGAGAAGGGUAAACUGAUUCUUCUGCCCUCUCACAUGUACGAUACCACCAACUACAAAAACUACUGGUUAGGUAUUUGCAUGUUGCUGACCAUUCUUGAGGAACAAGCCAUGGAUUCGUUAUUGCUGGGCUCAGACAAACAAAAUGACUUUAUGCAAUCAAUACUUCACACCAUGGAGAGGCAGUCGGAUGAUGAUAGUGUGGAUCCUUUUUGGCCAGCAUUACAUUGUUUCAUGGUGAUCCUGGACCGUCUUGGAUCUAAGGUCUGGGGUCAACUUAUUGAUCCUAUUGAGGCAUUUCAAACUAUUAUCAACAACAUGAGCUACAAUAGAGAGAUCCAGAAUAUACGGAGCAGCUCUGCAAGGACCAAGUUAGAACCAGAGUCGUAUUUGGAUGAUAUGGUGACUUGCAGCCAGAUUGUAUACAAUUAUAAUCCUGAAAAGACUAAAAAGGAUUCAGGGUGGAGAUCAGCCAUUUGCCCAGAUUAUUGUCCUAACAUGUAUGAAGAAAUGGAAACAUUAGCCAGUGUACUUCAAUCAGAUAUUGGUCAAGACAUGCGUGUACAUAACAGCACAUUUUUGUGGUUUAUACCUUUUGUUCAGUCCCUGAUGGAUCUCAAGGAUUUGGGUGUGGCUUACAUUGUAGAAGUUAUUCAUCAUCUGCACUCUGAAGUCAAAGACGCCCUUAACCAGACAGAUGCUGUGUGUGACAAAGUCACUGAAUUUUUUCUUUUAAUUUUGGUGUCAGUGAUUGAACUGCAUAGAAAUAAAAAAUGUUUGCAUUUGCUAUGGGUUAGUUCCCAGCAGUGGGUGGAAGCUGUCGUAAAAUGUGCCAAACUUCCUACCACUGCAUUUGCACGAACUUCUGAGAAGUCAUCUGGAAACUCCAAAGGAACAGCAAUGAUAUCAUCCCUGUCGUUGCAUUCAGUGCCGUCUAACUCUGUACAGCUCGCUUGUGUACAGCUGAUUAGAAGUCUCCUUAAAGAAGGUUAUCAGCUUGGGCAGCAAACUCUCUGUAAGCGAUUCUGGGAUAAACUUAACUUAUUCCUUCGAGGAAAUUUAUCUCUAGGCUGGCAGCUGACCAGUCAGGAAACACAUGAGUUACAAACUUGUUUAAAGCAAAUUAUUAGAAACAUAAAAUUCAAAGCACCUCAGUGUAACACUUUCAUGGAUCUGACUCCUGCAGCUAAGACCCCUCCUAUAUCUUACAAUAAAGAAGAAAGUGAACAGAUAGGGAAGAAGAUUAAAAAAGAUGUGUACCACCUGGAAAAUUCCAGCCCAGCAUUUUCUAAAAAACCAAUGAAAGCAGACACACAUCAAAUACAAGGAAGUAUAUCGAUCAAAGCAAAUAAUAUCAUAGAUGAUGAUCACAAGCCAAAUUAUAAAAAGAAUUUGAAACUGGAAGAUCAUUUCACAGCUGAUGCAUGCUUACAGCAGAGUAGUAAAAGCCUUUUUACUGAAAGAGUACAAGAUAAAAUAAGUCCAGGGGAGCAGAAGUCUGUAAAAGAAAAUUCCUCGUAUACACAACAGAAUUAUACCAGAAAUGGUUCAGAAAGGGAACGUGACAGAGAAAUAAUAAUGUCUGCGCAUUUGUUGACUGAUUCUAGUAUUGAUUGUCUGGAAAAAGUGUCCAUAUCAAAUGAAGAUUUCUCUGGAAAGGAUCAUGUUGUUAGUAAAACAUUUAAACCGAAAAGUAAGGCAGAGAAAGAGGAAAUCUGUGCACAGUUAUCACAUGUAAUAAGGAAGCAACGCAAGAAGAACACCGUGGUCAGUAACGCCAUCACUUUAGAGGAAAAUCUGAGUGUACCUGACAGAGAGAAUUUCUAUUCAAGGAAAGAUACAGAAGUUCAGAAAGGAGAUGACUUCAUCCGCAAUUCAUCUUUAAACCCUAAAGGUGUUUUAGAUGAUAAUAAAAAUGGAGAACAAAAAUCCCAAAACAGUUUAUUGCUAAAAAAGAAGCAAUUAAAGACUGAAGAGUUAGGUAUUUUCUCGUCUCAUGAAAACACUUGUCAAAGGCGUGUUGUUGAUGAUAGAGGUUUAGUCUCAUUUAUAGAAAUGACCAAUACUUCAGUGAGAAUGUCUCCUUUAAAAGAUCCCGUGACUGUAGUUGAAUCAAGAGAUGAGGAAGUAAGUAAGAGUACCGGUCUGGUUUCUUCCACCUUGACAAGAGAACAAGUCCCUGGCGUCAGUCCUGGAUCUGACACUUUAACGGAUUCUCAGGUAGACAGAGACCUCCACAAAUUAUCCUUAAUAGCCCAAGCCAGUGUAAUUCAGUUUCCAUCUGAUUCAACUCAGAAAAGCUCAUCCCAGCUGCAAAGAAAAGUAAAAGAUGAUAAAAGACGUUUCACAGCUAACCAGAUUGAUGAUGGAGAUGUCUGUUGUGGACAGGUUAUUAUUAUUUCAGAUUCUGAUGAUGAAGAUGGGGAUGAAAGAAUAGUGGGUUUUGAGAAGGACAUUAAACAGGACAAAAUACACUCUGAGAUCGAAUGUCCAGAGCGGCAUGUGUCAAUAGAUAAUACUCACGUGGAAAAGAAGCUAAUAAAGGAAGAAGAAACAAAAUCCCCUUUUGAGGAUUCUGAGUCUCAGGUUUUUGAGUUUGAAAGUCAAAAGGAGGUGUUUUCUGUUUGGCAAGAUCAUAAACUAGGUAAUAAUUCAGUGCAAGAGAAUCAGAAAGGUCUACAUUUGAAUUAUAAGGCUGAUACCACAAAUGAUUGGGGCUAUAAUAAAGAUUAUGUCUCUGAAAAGGUUAUUAAAAAAGUAGCAGAGGACAUUGAAGAACAUGCAGAACCAGACAGUAGUAUUUCUGUUGAAGAGUUGUGUGAAAUUGAAAUAAAACCUAAGAGAAAACGAUUCGAGAAACCUGUGGCUGAACAUCCUCGAAGGCCUUCAUCUUCUGUCAAAAGUGAGGACCAUUCUGAAGUUCUUAGUGAGAGGGAUCUUACUGAAAAUGAUGUAAAAAGUGUAGACAAAAGUGCCACAACUCCUAGUUCAAGUAUUCAGAGAGCCACUAAAGAAGCGUCACUAAAGAAGUCUACUCCAAAACCUCGUACUUACUCAAAACCUGCUAGAAGAGCCCCACUUUCUAAAACCCCUAAGAAAACACAUUCAGAUUCCAAAAAAGGGCAGAAUAAAAGUCCAAAUUACCUAAGCUGUAGAACAACUCCUGCUGUAGUGCCGCCAAAGAAAUUGCGCCAGUGUCCUGAACCAACUUCAACAGCCGAGAGGCUUGGUCUGAAAAAGGGUCCUCGUAGGGCAUUUGAGUUGUCCCAGAGAUCUUUAGAGUGUUUAGUUCAGUUACGUGACCAUGGCAAAGCGGUUGGAGUAGUUGAUACUCGAAAAAAAGCUAAAUUAAUCUCUCCUCAGGCUCUGUCUGUCAGAAAUAAUAAGGACCUGCUGACAAGUCAAGAUCCUCCGUCACGAAAGCAGUCGAGACCUAAGUCACAGCCGAAGAGACAGAAGCUUUUUAAUUACGAAAGUGUAGAUGCUGCAAGAGCAGGACCACAGCCAGCACCGAAUUCUGACACCUUUGUACCAGAAUCUGAUAGAUCAGAUUAUAAAGGAGAAACUGAAGUGCUUGCCAACAGUAACGGGAAGCAGUUACUAAAAUGUAUGCUUUCUGAGCCGGAGACUGUAAAAGCGAAGUGUGCUGCUCAGGUGACUGAUGAUACUUGCCUUUUGAAGCACUGUGAUUCGAUAGUGUUAAAUGGAACAGUGCCAGCAAAGCAAAUGCUGGGCUCUACUUCCGAGGACCUGGACCCUCUAGGCGGAGGUAAUCUAACGGGACGUCGUUUAGAGGAGGCAACUUUGCAAGAGGGAGAAUCUGAAUCCAACAGCGAUAUGGAGGAUGACAAUUUAUUUUUAACUCAAAAUGAUCCUGAAGAUAUGGAUAUAUGUUCACAAAUGGAUAAAAUCAUUGAAGUAGUUCAUGGAAAAGAUCCAUUUCAGGUAGGAGACUCUGUAAGUCGGCCUCAGUUGGAAUCUUUGAGUGGCAUAAAGUGUAAGUACAAAGAUUGUGUUGAAACUCCGAAAGACCAGGGUGAGUACUGCUCAAGACACUCUGAAGUGAAAGCGGCAGACGAAGAUGUGUUCCGGAAACCUGGUUUACCUCCUUCUGCAUCCAAACCUCAGAGACCUUCCACCACUAAGGUUUUUAGCUCAAGUAGUACUUCCCGAACUGCUAAUCUUUCCAAGUCUCUGGAACAUAUGUCAACACUUCCAUCAGCUCUAAAAAAUAAAUUGAAUGGCGUACAGUCUACUUUGAAAGUCUCACAGCCUGCUUCCCUAGUAUCUCAAAAGCCAGUGGGUGAAGUGAAGAGUCCGUGCAGUGUUCUUCAUCCUCAGACUCCAAGUACUUCGAACAGGCAAGGUUACAAACUUCCAUUUGGUGAAAGCAAAUCCUUCUCAGCCUCUUCUCCAGUAAGCAUUUUGUCAACACAGUCUAUCUCUGAGACCUUUGUUAAAGAGGUCUUAAAAUGGAAGUAUGAGAUGUUUUUGAACUUCGAUCAGUGUGGGCCCCCAGCAAGUCUUUGUCAGUCCAUCUCAAGACCUGUGCCUGUCAGAUUUCAAGAUUGUGGAGAUUAUUUUAAUGUUUUUUUCCCUUUGAUGAUACUGAAUACUUUUGAAACAGUGGCACAGGAAUGGAUCAGCUCUCCAAAUAAGGAGAAUUUCUAUCAGUUGCAUUUACGAAAAUUUCCUGCCGAUUUUAAAAAUUACUGGGAGUUUGUUGUUUACCUGGAGGAAUGUGAACUGGCCAAACAGGUUCAUCCAAAGGAAAAUGAUUUGGUGUUUUUGGUUCCCGAGAGAUUAAAUGGAGAGAAGAAAGAGAGAGAGAGAAAUCACGUCCAAGAUCUCCACGAGUAUCAUUGUGGUUUUGUUCAUAAAUUCCGCCGCACUUCCGUCAUGCGUAAUGGGAAAUCUGAGUGUUCCCUUUCCAUCCAGACUCAAGAUAACUUGGCGGCCAAUUUAAAUGAACUCGUGAAGUGUGUUGUAAUCAGUUCUCUGGUAACUACCCAGAGGAAGUUGAAAGCCAUGUCUCUGUUGAGUGGUCGGAACCAACUGGCCAGAGCUGUGCUGAAUCCAAACCCCAUGGACUUCUGUACAAAGGAUUUACUGACUACAACAUCUGAGAGAAUUAUUGCUUAUUUAAAAGAUUUCAAUGAGGACCAAAAGAAAGCAAUAGAAACUGCAUACGCCAUGGUGAAACACUCACCAUCAGUUGCCAAAAUAUGUUUGAUUCAUGGACCACCUGGAACAGGAAAGUCGAAAACUAUUGUUGGCCUCCUAUACCGCUUGCUGACAGAGAACCAGAGGAGGGGGCAUUCAGAUGAGAAUUCAAAUGCCAAAAUCAAACAGAACCGUGUCCUUGUGUGUGCACCUUCCAAUGCAGCUGUCGAUGAACUUAUGAAAAAAAUUAUCCUCGAAUUCAAGGAAAAAUGUAAAGACAAGAAGAAUCCUUUGGGAAACUGUGGAGAUAUAAAUUUAGUACGACUGGGUCCAGAAAAGUCUAUUAAUAAUGAGGUCCUAAAAUUCAGCUUGGACAGCCAAGUCAACCAUAGGAUGAAGAAAGACUUACCAUCUCAUGUUCAGGAGAUGCAUAAAAGGAAGGAGUUUUUAGAUCAGCAGCUAGAUGAGCUUUCCCGCCAGCGAGCUUUGUGCCGAGGUGGACGAGAAACACAGAGACAAGAAUUAGAUGAAAACAUUGCCAGAGUUUCCAAAGAAAGGCAGGAACUUGCUUCUAAAAUUAAAGAGGUUCAGGGACGCCCACAGAAAACACAGAGUAUCAUCAUCUUAGAGUCCCAUGUUAUCUGCUGCACAUUGAGCACAAGUGGUGGCUUACUGCUUGAGUCUGCUUUUCGUGGGCAAGGGGGUGUCCCCUUCAGUUGUGUGAUCGUUGAUGAGGCUGGACAGUCUUGUGAAGUGGAGACUCUUACCCCACUCAUCCAUCGCUGCAACAAGCUUAUCCUCGUGGGAGACCCUAAGCAGCUCCCUCCCACAGUCAUUUCUAUGAAAGCACAGGAGUAUGGUUAUGACCAGUCAAUGAUGGCUCGCUUCUACAAACUGCUGGAAGAGUACGUGGAGCAGAACACGAUCGGCAGGCUGCCCAUCUUACAGCUGACCGUUCAGUACAGGAUGCACCCAGACAUCUGUCUCUUCCCUUCCACUUACGUGUAUAACAGAAGCUUGAAGACGAACAGAGUGACUGAAACCAAUCGGUGUUCAUCGGAUUGGCCAUUUCAACCUUACCUUGUGUUUGAUGUUGGAGAUGGUUCAGAACGACGGGAUAAUGACUCAUAUGUAAAUGUUCAAGAAAUAAAACUGGUGAUGGAACUAAUUAAACUUAUUAAGGACAAAAGAAGGGAUGUUACUUUCCGGAACAUUGGCAUAAUAACCCAUUACAAGGCUCAGAAGACAAUGAUUCAGAAGGAUUUGGACAAAGAAUUUGAUCGAAAAGGACCUGCAGAAGUAGACACUGUGGAUGCAUUCCAGGGCCGUCAGAAGGACUGCGUCAUCGUUACGUGUGUCAGAGCAAAUGCCACGCAAGGCUCAAUUGGAUUCCUGGCCAGUUUGCAGAGAUUGAAUGUCACCAUUACACGAGCCAAAUACAGCCUCUUCAUCCUUGGACAUUUGAGGACCCUGAUGGAAAACCAGCAUUGGAAUCAUCUGAUUCAGGAUGCUCAGAGGCGCGGGGCCAUCAUUAAGACUUGCGACAGGAACUAUCGACACGAUGCAGUGAAGAUUCUGAAACUCAAGCCCGUGCUCCAGAGGAGUCUGACUCACCCCCCUACCAUGGCUCCAGAGGUGGACAGACCCCAGGGCGGCCUGCCCAGCACCAAGCUCGACAGUGGACUUGCCACAACCUCCUUUGCUGCUUCUCCUUAUCACACACCCUCUGACUUCAAGGAAGCGGCUGUUACUUUUACCUCAAGAGACCCGGAAAGACUUGCUCACGACCAACUGCGGGACCCACGACUGCUUAGGAGAAUGAGCGCGGAGACCAGAGGGGUACUCCCAAGGGAUCCACAGUCCUUGAGCCCCCAGCAUCCUGGAGCAACACCUCCCAUGGGCGAGCCGGGUUUUCCCGUAGGUCACCAGGACCUGGGUGGUGUCGGGCAGCAGUCCCCAGCUGGAGGAGCCGCUCAGCACAGCCACGGACCCCCAGUGCAGUGUGAGCCUCCCGCCGCUGGUGCUGAUGCUUCCACGCGUGAAAGAGAAUGCGUUGACCCAGAAAGGGGGGAGUGCAGUCACAGAAGAGAGACCAGGGCUUCCAGUGAAGGGGAGCGUGGGAGGUGUGACUCUGUGACCCAUCACACAAAGAGGAACUCUGGCUGGGACAGGAGGAGACUGGAGGAGGAACACGGCAGUUCGAAGAAACGAAAGGCUACUGUAUAGUGGAGUGGGGCGGCAGACUGUCAGCCGUGGCACUGUACAGCAAGACGGCCAGCUGACAGGCCCAUCCGGACGAUUGUUCUUUUCGAAGGAAUUUGUGUACUGCUGGAAAGAGGGCAAAUACAUCCUGACCCAGCCUCUGGGCCAUCUUCAGCACUUCUUGUCAGUGCAAAAGUUUUUGGAGAGCGUUUGUGUAUUGGUAAUAAUGUCCUUGAAGUUGGAGACUUAAAAUAAUGGCCUCUUGUUCUGCAGAAAAGGGGGUCAGACUGGAAUGAGUGUUGUAAAAGUUGAAAUGUAUAUUUGUAUAGCAAGUAUCAGAAUCCUUUUAAAAUUUAAUGUAGCAGACAGGUUUUCUUUCCCCAGCUUGAAAUGUUAAUCAUUUUUCAACAGAUCAAACUUUAUACUAAAAAACGGGGGUUUCUGGAGGAGGGCAGUUCUUUUCCGCACUGUUAUAUGGCAAGACAGACUUGUGUACUAGCCGAGGCGAUUCGGAAGAAGCUGAGUUUAGCUCUGGUGGGUCAGAUGUCUCUACUUCUAUUUUAGACAACAACUGGAGUCUCUCGGGGGAAACUUUGGGAUGCAGUUAGAUCGGGUCACGGUGUGCUGGUGUGCGUGUCCAGACGAGCCACCUGGCAAAGGGUAUGAUUCUUCUGUGACAAAUUCAUUUACCUAUUUUAAUAUGCACAUAGCUCUCUAGCUAAAAUUCAUAAUAAUUCUUAAAAUAGAAGAAAACAGAAUGCAGGAAUAAUUCUUGAAUAGUCACUCCGCUGUCUCCAGCGUAUCGUGAGCUUCAUGGAACUGCUGAGUUCCAGACGUGUGGCCAGCUGCCAGACCAGAGCCAGCUCGGCUGUGGGAGACUCACCUUGAGCUGCUUCCUUAAGGCUUGUAGGUGGCCGGGAAUGUCGAGUUUGGGAGAGCCGAGAACGCUGUGUCAGACACCCCACGUAUACUUCUGAUCCCUGGGGAGCCUUUGGGGAAGGCCAGGUCCAGUUUCAGGCAAGGAGAUGCUCUGUAAAACGAAGGCUAGCGAGCUCAUGAGGGCUGCUGACGGGGUUCCCGUGAUGUCCAGAAGCCGUCUGGCCGACGCGGCGCGGAUCCACUGCUGAUGGAGAUCGGGGGGCGUUGUCAGCUGCUGGUAGAGGUGGCUGUGCUUUUGUGAAAGGGAAGUGGCCAUGUCAGUGGAGAAGAGGCUUGGGAGAAGGGAGUGGCCAUGUCAGUGGAGAAGGGAGGGAGCUGCCUGGCUCUGUCGUGUCCAGACGUCCACAGUGAAUGCGCUCGAAGCUCAGCCGGCAGGAGCAGGGACUAGGGGUUUGUAGCGAGUGCUGGCUGGUUUGGGGAAGAAAACAAAGCCCCAAAGAUUAAUGUGCACUGUUGGAAAUUUCUUUAUCGUCUACUUUUUAGGCAAAAAUGGUUUUGUGAGUCCGAAAUUGCCCAGCAGUAGGUUAUAAAGGGCCGUAAAAGAACAGGGUUCCGUUGCCAGAAGUCCGAACGUUCUACUUUAUUGGCUCUGUCAUUCCUCCUGCUGUUCAGACUGCAUGACAGAUGUCAGCUGGAUGCUCCCGAGACCCACAGCAGUCUUCUCAGAGCCAGCGCUCGGUCCCACCCAGCAGCCUGCACCUCCUGCUUGCGGGUGGAGAGAUUUGUCCGCUGGGCAAUGCAGGAAGAUACCAGUGGGGGUCGGGUGAGCUCAGAGGCUGAGCCUCUUCCACGUGCUGUGCUUCGGCAGGAAAUCUCGUCAUUUGAAGUUUGCUUUCUUGUUACCUUGGCUAAGCACUCCCUUCAGCAGAAGCUUCUUGUAGUGUCUGCUUCGAGAACCCCAAACUCUCAGCUUCUCAAGGAGGCAUGACCGUGGGGUCAGGUGUUUCCUCCUCUGUUUACAUUCAUCUUAACACAUGCAUCAAGGUUUCCCCAACACAUGACUCUGCGGCACGCACAUCGCCGUUUUCCUGAGUUCGUUUUGAUGCCCGUCGUUGGGUCCUGCUCACUGGGCUCGCUGCCCACCGGGCGUGGUCCUGGGAGAGCUGCCGCAGCCUCGCCUCUCCCGGCAGGGUGCAGCUGUGCCCGGCGUUCAGUUUGAAACUUUGUUUGUGGUUCCGGUAGGUACGCGUACUGCGGCCCUGCCUCUGAAGGCUGUCACAGAUGGCUGUCGGGUGGCGGCUCAUCUUUUUGCAAAGAAAAUGUAUGGCUCUUUGUUUAGUCCUUGCCGUGGCAUUAGGAGAGUGUCCUGUCUUUCAGUAUUAUUUCAACAUGAGUAUAUUCUGCUUACAAACUUGUUUUGCUUCUUUGUAUGUAAUUUGCCUCGGAAUUAUUGUACACAAUUUGUUUAGUUAUUUUUUGUGAAUUAUCAGGAGCAAAUUUGCUGAUAAGUACAUGUGAAUAGUCUCCUGUAAAUGAGUUUUAUAACAAAAAUGUACUAAACCUUUUUCUAACAUGAGUUGUGCAGAUUGAGUUCGUUGCUGUAGCUCUGGCUCUGCUGUGAAUUCCUAGCUGGGAUUUGGCGAAUAGAAGCCGCGCUGUCUCUGUUAAAGCCUGCGUUUUAAGAAAUAAUGGCAGAACUAAGACUGGAAGUUACGUGUUACUGAAUUAACAUGGGUCAUCUUUUACUCUGC